UCCACUGGGAAUAUUUCUGUGGUGAAAGAGAUUGUGGACAAACUGCUGAAGGGCUAUGAUGUACGCCUCAGGCCUGACUUUGGAGGUAACCCUGUCACAGUGGGAAUGAGCAUCCAUAUCUCCAGCAUUGACCAGAUCUCUGAAGUCAACAUGGAUUACACCAUCACCAUGUACUUCCAGCAGAGCUGGCGGGACAAACGCCUGGCAUAUAAUGACCUUCCUCUCAACCUGACCCUGGACAAUCGGGUGGCUGACCAGUUGUGGCUGCCUGACACCUAUUUCCUCAAUGACAAGAAGUCCUUUCUGCAUGGAGUGACGGUGAAAAAUCGCAUGAUUCGGCUCCAUCCUGAUGGGACUGUCCUGUACGGCCUGAGGAUCACCACCACAGCUGCUUGCAUGAUGGACCUGCGGAGGUACCCCCUGGACCAGCAGAACUGCACGCUGGAGAUCGAGAGCUACGGUUACACGGUUGAUGACAUUGUCUUCUUCUGGCAAGGAAAUGAUUCUGCUGUCACAGGGAUGGAGGUGCUAGAACUACCCCAGUUCACCAUUAUUGAGCAAAGACUGGUCAGCAGGGAAGUGGUCUUCACCACUGGUUCAUAUCUGCGCUUAUCCUUGAGUUUCCGGAUUAAGAGGAACAUUGGUUACUUCAUCCUGCAGACUUAUAUGCCAUCUAUACUCAUCACCAUCCUGUCCUGGGUCUCCUUCUGGAUCAAUUACGAUGCUUCUGCUGCACGAGUGGCACUGGGGGUCACCACGGUACUUACAAUGACUACCAUCAACACCCAUCUGCGGGAGACUCUCCCCAAGAUCCCUUAUGUGAAGGCUAUUGACGUUUAUCUCAUGGGCUGCUUUGUCUUCGUGUUCCUGGCACUCCUGGAGUAUGCUUUUGUCAACUACAUUUUCUUUGGGCGAGGUCCCCGGCAGCAAAAGAAACAGAGCGAGCGGAUUAGCAAGGCCAACAAUGAGCGCCACCGUUAUGAGGAGAAGAGGGUGAGAGAGCAGGUUGACCCUUAUGGUAACAUCCUCCUCAGCACUCUGGAGAUGAACAACGAGCUGCUGGCCACGGACAUGAUGAGCAGCGUUGGCGACUCUCGAAACUCUGUCAUGUCCUUUGAAGGCUCAGGAAUCCAGUUCCGCAAGCAGCUGGCCUCUCGGGAUGGAUUUGGUCACCACCCAACCCUGGACCGCCACAUCCCUCUGACCCACCAUGCUGCAGCCCGCAACCGUGCCAACUGCCGUCUCCGCCGACGGUCAUCUAAGCUGAAGCUCAAAAUCCCAGACCUGACAGAUGUCAGCACCAUUGACAAGUGGUCACGAAUCAUUUUUCCAAUCACCUUUGGAUUCUUCAACCUUGUUUACUGGUUGUACUAUGUAAAUUGAUGCCUGCAGCCUCCGAGAGAGAUAGGGACAGACACUCAGACAAUAACAACACAGGAGUGUUGUGGUCUUUUGGGUUUGGGUUUUACUCUUUACUAUCAUUAUCAUUUAUUCCUUUGAUUCAUUAGAUUUAUUCUAAGCUUACUCUUCUCUUUUCAGCACAUGUAGAACCACAGAGUGUUGGAGAGGGUAAGGGAGAGAAGGGUAUAAGGGAGGGGGUUGUGUUUCAGGGA